AUGGGAAAGGUGCCUGGUUUUGGUGUUUGUCCACGUCUUCAAGCCCCUGAGAAUGUCAUUCCAGUGCCUGAGAAAGGUAAGCCAGAAAAUGAAGUCCAGAAAAUAAGAUGGACCAAAAAAGUGUCGGUUUGGCCUGUUGGUUUUGCCUCAAGAAUGUACGCCAUUGGGUCUCCGAUUGUACAGAAUGGAAAUGUAGUCGGCUUUCAUGAUGGUUUUCGAGGUAACGAAGACCAGGCUAGAAAGUUUGCUAUAGACAUGGCAGGCUUUGCUGUCUCCAUUCCAUUCCUUUUCAGAAGACCACAUGCCACCAUGGGUUGUAAACAAGGGUUCUUAGAAGACCAAUUCUUACUGAGCUUGGAAGUUAGUAUAGAUGAACUGGAGCCCAAGGCUGAAAACUGUGUACAGGUAUUUGAAGAUCAAUUAUUUCAGAAAGAAC